AUGCAAAAUGAUCUAAAUCACUCGUAUGAGGAAAAUGAGCGUAUGCAAAAUUCUAUGAAUCAAAUUACUCUCCUAGCUAAUCAACUAAAUGGUUUGAAUAAUAAGCUUGUCCCCCAAAUUACUUGCAAACGAAAGUCUCAUGCUGAUCUUAAUGCCAAGCAGUUAAAAGAAAUAGAAUCGCUAAAGUCUACAGUUAAAUCACUGGAAAGCAUAAUAUUUUCAAUGCAAAAAGCUUUAUCUUUGAAGGAUUCUGAUAUCACCUCUCUUGGAAUUAAAAUAAAUGAACUGGAGGCUGAGUUGGAACAAGCUACGCAAAAAGUUUUAUUAAAAGAUUCUGAUACUAACCAGUUAUGUAGCAAUCUUUCUCUUGAGAUUAAAGCAAAGGAAUUGGAAAAUGAACUGGAGAAAGUUACGCAAAAUUCAUCAUUUAAGGAUGGGUUAAUUUUCUAUCUCAGAUCUAGGGUAAGUAGUGCAGAAGCGAACUCAGCCUCAUCAUCCAACGAUUAUAAGCAUGAUGAAGUAGUAGAAGAGAUAUCUCAUUUUUCUUUACACUACUCAAAAUGCGAACCUGAUGGAAAAGGAGAUUAUGAUAGUAUUCUAGUUGUACCUGUUAUUGCGUUAGGAGGUAGCAAUACUUUAGUUAAUGAUCA